AUGUCUCUGCCGAAUAGCCCUCAAGGAAGCAGUACCGCAGGACGACCGACCUGGCAAGAGCAGCUUCAGGAACACUGCAGACGAACCAAGCUGCCUCCCCCUGUCUUCAACAUCGUCUCCGAUCGGCGAGGAGGUCGAACCGCCUGGUCUAGUAAUGUCACCGUUCAGGGCCAAACUAUCUCCGCUCGUUACUGGUACGAUGGCCAGUACAUCAACAAUGCCAAAGAGGAUGCCGCCGAAGUCGCUCUGAAGACCCUCAAUGAGCAGCCCCGUUCGUCCACCGUCUAUCCCGGUCAACUCUUCCCUCAGCAAACCGCUGGUUACGGCCGGGGUGCCGGUGGGUUCUGA